GUCAUAGCUCUCUUUAUCAUCCCAAAGGGUUUUCUCAUGCUGGACAAGCUGCCUUCACUGAAUUUGGGCAAGUUCCUGCUCUGCACGACGAAGGCAUCGAAGAUCGGCGAUGGCAUGUUCGCAAGCGAUAGCGAUGAGGAGGAGCCGUCCACCACUGGACUCACCAGCGUAAAUCCUCGAACAUUCAUGCGGUCUGAGGAGGACUCCGAUGCCGACUCUGACGUAGAAGAGGAGGAGAAGCUCGGAAGAUGCUCUGUGCUCAUGAGGCAGCUGGCGCUGGCUGUCGUAGAGAUAUUGUUGUCAAUCCUACUCUUCAGUCCAGAGCUGAUCAUAGGGGUGGUGCGAUUGGUUCGUGGGUCCUGGGCCCAGGUGACAGGAACGCAGAAUUGGCAACCGCAGGAUGCUGUGGAGAAGGAGGUCCAGCAGAACCUCAGCUUCGUGUAUGUCUUCAAG